AUGUCUAAAGUGGACGUGGCAGCGAUUGCAGCCAGUGUGCAGGAGUUUUACUACACGAAUAACGCAGAACGUCGAAAAGAACUUGACGAAGACUUGUGCCAGUUCAAGAGUAGAUUCCCUUGUGAUGAUACUGUAGCAGCAUGUAUUCUUCUAAUGGGCUCACGGUAUCCUGCCAGUGUACAAUACUUUGGAGCGAUCUCAUUGUACGAGACCAUCAGACAGCGUUAUGAAGAAUGUGUUGCUAAUGUUACCCUGAUGGAGGUGUUGAAAUCGUUCCUGAUCGAGAACCUAACAUCGAGUGCCCACGUCCAGCUGCAAUCCAUCACGAACAAACUUUCUUCCGCGCUUGCUAUUCUUUCACUCUACUGUAUGCCUGACGUGUGGCCUGAUCCUGUAGCAACACUAACCAAUAUCUGGGCAGCUCAGCCAGAACUUCUUCUAAGAGUUCUCGCUGAGAUCGCUGCUGAGUUCUCGAAUAUCAAAAUGCCACUUACUCAGCGAAGUAAGCUUAAAACUGAACUCCACAGAACGUCUGAGGACAUAAUCCGAAUAAUCUUCACAGUAAUGGGUGCCGAAGAUGCUUCCCCGUCAACAAGACAAGCUGCUGUCGAUUGUGUCGAACAAUGGGUGAAAUUGCCUGGGGUUGGAUUACAACAGUGGACUCCAGUUCUUUCUGUGGUUUUCGGAGCAGUCGCCGAAGACAGCGCUGCACUUACCAAUCUCCUUAAUAUCCUCGCAGCGAAUGAUGAAUUAGCAUCAACUGAUCAACUUGUUCAUGAUUUGUGCCAUUACAUUACUACACUCAUCGCACAGAAACUUCUAAGAGAUCUUACGGAAAACGUUGAUUCUGACGAAGUCGUAUCUCUUGUUUCGGCCAUUUGUACUGUAGCAGUUACGGCGAUCCCUACACUGCUCAGGAACGCGAAAAAAAGUGGUCCUGGAUUGCUGUGCGAUCUCUGUUCACUUCUUGCAAGUAUAUGUUCUUGCGACGGCUUGUACCCUGUAGAUGAAAUGAUAUCUGAUUUACCAGCUCCCUUCUUCACUUCUCUUCGGGAACACAUCGGAUCAAUAGCUUCCUGUAGCAAAAGCGACAAUACUUUCAGCGUUGCAACUGCUGUAAGCGCCUACUACGCGGACAUAUGCCGGACUGCGAUCACUAAGAUGUCUUUUCCCUCGGAUAGCUGUUUUAAAAAGUAUGACAAAGUGCAGAAGGAGCAGUUCUGCAGGUAUCGUCUCGCUAGAAGUGAGGUGUCGGUGGACGCGUACUUUAUGAUGGGUAGAGAUACGCUUAAGUUUUUAAAUCAAGAACUAGAAGGAGCCAUAGUGAAAGGAGAUGCGCGCAGAAUUGAAUGUAUCAUGUUCCUUUGGGAGAACGUAGCAGAUUACCUCACAGAAGCGGAUUACUCGGAAAUUUGUCACAAUUUGGAAUUAUGCACUCGCUUAUCUGUGGUCGAAAGAGGGGCGGACUCCGAUAGACUAGCAAACACCGUUUUGCGUCAUCUCUAUGCCCUUUCACAUCUCAUACACGAACACGACAAUGCUGCCGAGCUGGAAGGUGACGUGGUGCGAAUGGUUCUCCCACUUGUUCAACGGAAAGGAGUUAGUACGGAAGCUCUUCGCACACUUGAGAAAUUUGUUUCUGAACGUUCGAAUGGAAUAAUGCUUGUUGGCGAUGAGAUAUCGAAUUGCUGUUACUCAUUCUUCAUGGAUGAAGGAAACACUCAGGCUUUGAGGCUGGAAGCAUUGAAAUGUAUUGGUUACGUUUUGUCGACAAAAUCCAGCCAUGAAGUUAUGAAUAUUUUGAAUAAUGUCGUUGCUUAUCAUUUACGUGACAUGCAAAGCGUGGACGCCAUGCUCCUUCAACAGAAAAUUGAAGAAAUUAAAUUCCAAAUAAGUAUAUUUACGUGCCUUUUUUGUAGUCUAACUUGCAAAGAAUCUUCGCGCUCUCAAGAGCCUCCGAUUGUCAUAAUUUUCCGACAGGUUUUCCCAGUAUUUCAACAUUUUCUGGAAGUUGGUCAGCUACCCUCUGCAGUUGGCGACAAGGUUUGUGAUGCUGUCCGCAGCGCAGUCUCCAACUUCCCUGCUGAACGUUUAUCUGAAAUGCUUCCUCUGGUUUGUCGUCUCCUCUCGACCGCACUUUUUACAAAUCCUGUAGCAGGAUGUGCCUUGGCGAAGACUACUGUAUUGAUUCUUUUUUUUUCGGUAUUUGGGCACAAUCCCUCAACGACACCACAAUUAUGUGCAUAUAUUCAACAGUGGUUUGACUCUUUUGCUCGAAGCUUGCCGUCGCAGUGGAUCGAAGAAUGGUUGUCACUGAUUUAUCAGAUCAUGAAGAAAAAUUACAAGAUGUUGCGAGCUAAUGGCGAAGAGUCUCUACCUUCCAUCUCCAAUGCUAUACUGAUUGCUGGCCAGACUUUGGCGGAUUCACGAGAACCAUGUGUCGUCCGACUAGCAUCGCAGGUAUUAGCUGUAAUUGCAAGUCAGUGCAUUUCUUACGGGGACGAAGCACCAAGGCUUAUUCUUGCAAGACAUGGACCCGAGCUAAUCAAGACCACAUUUGCUCGUAUACAAAUCGAACUUAUUCGUGCCACAGUUGAAUCUUUGGCAGAGGUUUUAUUCUUUUUUGCAAAAGAAUUUUCUCUCGAAACCAGAAAUGUGCUCAGCGAAUUGGAAAACGGCGAUUCUCCUCUUGUAGCCGCUAUGUUUAGAGAAGUUGGUAAUUUAAGGAAUUUUAAACAAAUGACUUUACGACUGAACAUGGCCUCAAGGAAAGACGUCCGUUCGUAA